CGCCACUUCAACAGCAAAACAUCCCGACGACAACAAUCUCUUCGAGGAAAAAAAAUCAUGAGUGGAUGGGAUAAUUCUAAUGCUGCCCCUCAAUCCAAUAUUGAUUGGAGUGAAGGAAACGUCAACAACAACAAUUCGUAUGGCAAUGACCGACAAUCACAGCCUAACAGAAGGAUAGACCAUGGCCCGCCCCGUAUGGUACGGUAACGGUGGAAAUAACUAUGGUAACGGUGGAAACAACUACGAUAGCGGUGGUAGACCACCCCCGUCAAACUACAAGUGGGCCUCGUCGAAGAAACGUUAUGAGUGGAAGCCAUCUUCAGAUGAUGCGGAUGCCAUUGCUCCUAGAGAUGAGGAACUUGAAAAGGAGCUAUUUGGUGAGGACAGCCACGUACACACCGGUCUCAACUUUGACAAAUACGAUAGCAUUCCAAGCAGUGUUCGAGGUGAUAACCCGCCAAGCCCUGUCGAUAAAUUCGAACAGUGUGAUCUACAUCCUGCCAUGAAAGAAAAUAUCAGACUGGCAAGAUAUACCACACCUACUCCAGUCCAGAGACACUCAAUUUCAAUAGUUACUGCAGGCAGAGACUUGAUGGCUUGUGCUCAGACCGGCUCUGGUAAAACUGCCGCUUUCUUGAUCCCGAGUUUGUCAGCCCUCUUUGGUAAAGCUGGUGAAUUAUGUCAUUCUCGCCCUAUGAACAGCUUUGCUGCUAAGCAAUACCGUGCUGAACCUUUGGUCUUGAUCUUGGCCCCUACUCGUGAAUUGUGUACUCAAAUCUUUGAUGAAUGUCGUCGUUUCUGCUACAGAAGCCAGCUUCGUCCUUGCGCGAUUUAUGGUGGUGCUGAAUCCUUCCCUCAAAAACUCGAGCUUGAGAAGGGCUGUGAUAUUCUUGCUGCUACCCCAGGUCGUCUUCAAGACUUUAUUCAAAGAGGCAAAGUUGGUUUGAACCGAGUCAAGUAUUUGGUUCUUGAUGAAGCCGAUAGAAUGUUGGACAUGGGCUUCGAAAGUUCCAUCCGUGAUAUCGUUGAACAAAGUGGUAUGAAUCCUGACCGUCAAACCCUCAUGUACUCUGCCACUUUCCCUCGUGCUAUUCGUAAGCUUGCUCGCGAUUUCUUAAAGCCUGAUUAUCUUUUCUUGAAGGUCGGUCGUGUUGGUGGUACCACUACAAAUAUCACACAAAAGGUUUACUGGGUCGAAGAAGAGGAAAAGCGUGAACGCAUCAAAAAGCUACUUUUGUCUCAACCUCCCAGUAGAACUCUUAUCUUUGUUGAGACCAAGCGUGGUGCUGAUUCUUUGGAUCAAUACUUGUAUGACCAAAGCUUCCCUACUACAUCCAUCCAUGGUGAUCGUACCCAAAUGGAACGUGAAGAUGCAUUGAUCGCUUUCAAGAACGGAAAGUGCCCCAUCCUGGUUGCUACAGCCGUCGCCGCUAGAGGUCUUGAUGUCCGUAACGUCAUGCAUGUUGUCAAUUAUGACAUGACCAACGAUUUGGACGAAUAUAUCCAUCGUAUUGGCAGAACUGCCCGUGUGGGUAACUCUGGUCUGGCCACCACUUUUUUCAACGACCGAAACCUUCCCAUCGCUACUGAAUUGACCAAGGUCUUGCAAGAAAACAAGCAAGAGAUUCCUGACUUCUUGAAAGACUACAUGACCACCGACCUUACCUUCGCCGAAGAUAUGGACGAAGACAAUGUCGAACUGCCCAGUUAUGCUAAGCACGGUCUGCGUCGUGGUGGAGGUUUUGGCGGUCCGGCUAAUAAUGACGGUCCCAACUGGUUCGAUCAUAACAAUAAUGAUAACUCACAAGGUUACAAUAAUAACCAUAAUCAGGGUUACGAUAGAAACAACAACUCGCAAGGCGGCGGCGGUUACAAUGAUGGUUUCGACCAACGGCCUUCCUAUGGCGGUGGUGCCGACUCUGGCUAUGGUACUCCCCGUCAAGGUCCUUCUGGCGGUCGUGAGGGUGAUUGGACCUGCCCAACUUGCAAUGGUAACAAUUUCUCUCGUCGUACUCAAUGCUUCAAGUGCAACGCAUCACGACCUGAAGGUACUGGUGGUUAUGGUGGUGACUCUGGCAAUAUGUAUGGUGGUGAACGACGUCGCCCUGGUCCUACCCCUGGAGACUGGGAGUGCCCAUCGUGUGGCGUCAGUAACUUUGCAAGACGUAGCGAAUGUUUCAAAUGCAAUGCCCCGAAAGAAAGCCAAUCUGGUGGUAACGGCGGUGGCGGUUACAACAGUCAGCCUGCUGGAGAGGCAUCUUGGGAUAAUAAUAGCGCUCCUUCUUGGGAUACAUCUGCUAACAAUGCAACUGCCGACCAAGGUAACGGUUGGGGGGCUAACAAAAAUGGACCUUCCAAUGAUGGCUGGGACUCUUCUGCUGCUGCUGGUGAAUGGGGGGCUAGCCCAUCUCCCGCUGGUAACGACAGCUCUUGGGGUGCCGCUCCUUCCGCUGAGCCCAAGCCUGCUGCUCAGCAAGAAUCGUGGGGUGCCUCUCCUUCCGCAGAGUCCAAGCCUGCUGCUCAGCAAGAAAUCGUGGGGUGCUUCUCCUUCCAAGGCUCCCGAAUCCAAACCUGCCCAGCAAGAUUCAUGGGGCGCUUCUAACCCAAGUGCUUCUGGAAAUGCGUCUCCUUCCAUUGAUAACAAACCUGCUCAACAAGAGUCUUGGGGAUCGAACGGUGUACAAGAUGUGACCAAGGGAGUUCAAAAUAUGAAAGUUCAAUCUCCUAGCGGAAAUGAUGGAUGGGGAGAUACUGCCAAGU